AGGAACGACAAAAACCCUAAAUCAAAACCCUCCCAAAAAUGCGCUCUCCGAUCACCGGUUCUCUGUCCAGAUCCCUAGUUUCCCUCUGUCGUCCGAGGCCGGCAUGCGCCGGUAAUCGCCAUCUCUGCACCGCGACGGCGACGGUGAACUCCGCCGAGACGCGUACGCAGAAGUUGGAGCGGAUCGCCGACGAGCUACUCGAUCUGAACAAGCUUGAGCUCUAUGAUUACUCCGUCCUCUUCCGGCUCAAACUCGGCCUAAGAGCAAAAUCAAAUAUUGCCGGAGCUGCGGCAGCCGGCAGUUCCACCGACGCCAAGGCGGCGGAGAAGACGGCGUUCGACGUGAAGCUGGAUAAGUUCGACGCUUCGGCGAAGAUCAAGAUCAUAAAGGAGAUAAGAUCGUUCACGGAUCUGGGAUUGAAGGAGGCGAAGGACCUUGUGGAGAAGGCUCCGGUGGUUGUGAAGAAAGGCGUGACUAAGGAAGAGGCCGAUCAGAUCGCAGAGAAGCUCAAGGCGGUAGGUGCCACUGUGGUAUUGGAAUGAAAACGGAUCAUGUUCAUGGACGCUGAUUUUUCCUGGUUUUCAACUUCAUUGUCGAAUAAUUUGUUAGUUUUCGGGUUAAUUAGCCCACAACUCGGAGAAUCUUAGAGAUCCGGUGAUCUUUUUUAUGUGGAUACGAAUUCAUAGGUGGAUUGGAUGAACAUAGUAAUCGAUCAGAAUGAAAGAUUCUUUUUUUUUUUUUGGAGGAUUAGCGAAUUGAGUCAUAGAACUACGCCAUUGUCAAUGUAAGGGUUGAGAUUUGAUUAGAAACUGUAUUGCUUGGGUCGAACGAA